AUGACUGCUCUCCGGAACCCAAACGGAACAGCCAUUGCAUCGAGAAGGGGGAUGGAGAAAAUCAUCUACGACUUCUACUCUGAUCUCUUCGACAGCCAUGUCCACUUACCUCCUCACCAUCUGAGGGAAGAUGGACAAGUCAUUCCAGAGGUUCUCCCGUCCGAAAUACGACAUGUUAUCGUGUCAGUAAGAAAUGGUACGGCACCCGGUCCCAUCAGAAUAAGACCAGAACAGCUGAAGAGCCUUCCGCCAGUACUCAUCAACACCCUGGCGAGGCUCUUUACACGUUAUCUGUCGGAAUGCAAGGUUCCUAAACAGUGGAAGACCAGCAAGACCGUGUUGUUGUAUAAAAAGGAAGAUCCACAUGACAUCGGCAACUAUCGUUCAAUCUGCCUACUGUCCGUCAUCUACAAGCUCUUUACAAGAGUAAUCCUUAAUAGGAUUGAAAAAGUCUUGGAUGAAGGACAGCCAUGCGAGCAAGCAGGGUAUCACGAGUACAAGAUGCCGCUCUGUCUCGCCUUCAUCGACUUGAAGAAGGCCUUCGACUCAGUUGAGACGGAAGCGGUCAUGGAAGCCUUGGACAACCAAGGCGUCCCUACUCAGUACAUAAAGAACAUCAUCAUUGACGUGAAGAGGGGGGUCCGACAGGAUGAUACAAUUUCGCCCAAAAUAUUCACAGCCACCCUCGAGAACGCAGUGCGAAAGUUGGAAUGGGACGACAUGGGAGUGAAGGUUGAUGGUCAGGAGCUACACCAUUUGCGCUUUGCUGAUGACAUCGUACUGAUAACACCUAGCAUCAGCCAAGCGGAACGAAUACUGACCGAAUUCGACGAAACAUGUGGAUGCAUCGGUCUUCAGCUGAAUCUACAAAAGACGAUGUUCAUGCGGAACGAAUGGGUCUCGGAUGCCCCAUUCACGCUCAAUGAAACGAACAUAUCCGAAUGCACCAGCUACGUUUAUCUGGGUCGGGAACUAAACACGAUGAACGACCUGACCCCCCAGCUGGGCAGGAGGAGACGAGCGGCUUGGGGAGCGUACAAGAGCAUCGAGGAUGUAGUGAAGAAGACCAAGAACACCCGGCUCCGUGCUCACCUCUUCAACACCACCGUACUUCCUGCUUUGACCUAUGCUUCGGAAACCUGGGCAUUUCGCAAGCAGGAAGAAAACGCGGUGAGCGUCAUUGAACGCGCAAUUGAGAGAGUGAUGCUAGGAGUAUCCCGUUUCACGCAAGUGAGGGACGGGAUUCGAAGUUCUGUCCUACGUCAGCGAUCGAAGAUUAGAGACGCCGCCGCGUUUGUCAAGGAAAGUAAAAUAAGGUGGGCCGGACACGUGAUGCGCUUUAAUGACAACCGUUGGACCAGAGCCGUGAGCGACUCGGUUCCCCGCGAUAUUAAGCGCACUACAGGAAGACCGCCGACCCGAUGGUCAGAUUUCUUCACGAGGUCCUUCAAAGAAAAAUAUGAUGCUCUUCGUGUCCCACGCGAAAGGAGGAACCACUGGGCUACUCUGGCACGCGAUCGGGACAAAUGGAAGAAUUACUGGCGCCCGUUCGGCCAGUUCGAAGAUCAACGGGAGUCAAGGUGGAUUCAUAAGAUUAAGGUCGCCAGUGAUCUUUAUGGAGAACAUCAUCGUGGAAUUUCAAAAUCUAUAUCCUACCUGGAAAACGAGCAAUGUGACGUUCCAUGCGAACACUAUAAUACUCUUACAGGAUUGCCUUCACUAAUGACCCAUAGCCAUCAUGAGGAGUCGUCAAAUCAUCCCGCCGCUUGCAACACACUUCCGCGGUCGACUGCAAGCUCUGCACCAAAACAAAGGAAGGUCGCUGGAGCGCGCUUCAUCACGAAGAAAUGA